AGGUGCACCACUGCGCAGGCGUGGCCCCGGGACCAUGGCGGCCGCGUUGCUGCUCCUGCGCGCCCUCCGCCGAGGACCCUGGCCGGGUCCGGGGCGGCUCUGGGGCUCGGGCCUCCUCGCCGGGGCUGGGAGCAGGCGGCCGUACGUGGUCCGCAGGCCCCCGGUGGGUGUCGCCGAAGAUGGCGGCCGGGCCCUGCAGAGUUUGCAAUUGCGAACGCUAACCCCAACCUUUGAAGGGAUCAGGGGAUUGUUACUGAAACAGCAUCUACUUCAAAAUCCAUUCAGACUCUGGCAACUUUUAGGUGGUACUUACUAUUUCAACACCUCAACGAUGAAGCAGAAAAAUAACGACAAUGAUAAAUCCAAGAGGAAGGCCCCUGAAGAUGACGAAGAGGAGAGGAGAAGGAAGCAGCGGGAGGACCAGAUGUACCGCGAGCGGCUUCGCACCCUGCUUGUCAUCGCCAUCGUCAUGAGCCUGCUGAACUCUCUGAGCUCCAGCGGGGGCAGCAUUUCCUGGAACGACUUUGUCAAGGAGAUGCUGGCCAAAGGCGAGGUGCAGCGUGUGCAGGUGGUACCUGAGAGCGAUGUGGUGGAAGUCUACCUGCACCCUGGAGCCGUGGUGUUUGGGCGACCUAGACUGGCCUUGAUGUACCGAAUGCAGGUUGCCAACAUUGACAAGUUUGAGGAGAAGCUCCGAGCAGCUGAAGACGAGCUGCACAUCGAGAGCAAGGACAGGAUCCCAGUUUCCUAUAAGCGCACUGGAUUCUUUGGAAAUGCCCUGUAUGCCCUGGGGAUGACCGCGGUGGGCUUAGCCAUCCUGUGGUAUAUUUUCCGUCUGGCUGGGAUGACGGGAAGGGAAGGCGGAUUCAGUGCUUUCAAUCAACUCAAAAUGGCUCGUUUCACAAUUGUGGAUGGGAAGUCAGGGAAGGGCGUGAGCUUCCAGGAUGUGGCAGGAAUGCACGAGGCAAAGCGGGAAGUCCGAGAGUUUGUGGACUACCUGAAGAGCCCGGAGCGCUUCCUUCAGCUUGGUGCCAAGGUUCCAAAAGGUGCACUGUUACUCGGUCCCCCUGGCUGUGGGAAGACACUACUGGCCAAGGCAGUAGCCACUGAAGCCCAGGUGCCCUUCUUGGCAAUGGCUGGCCCGGAAUUUGUGGAGGUCAUUGGAGGCCUAGGUGCUGCCCGUGUGCGUAGCCUCUUCAAGGAAGCCCGUGCCCGAGCCCCCUGCAUAGUGUACAUUGAUGAGAUUGACGCCGUGGGCAAGAAGCGCUCCACCUCCACGUCCAGCUUCUCCAGCACCGAGGAAGAGCAGACCCUCAACCAACUCCUGGUUGAGAUGGAUGGCAGCUGCUGUGGAAUGCCAAGAGGGCCCUGGCAGCAGUGGUGCCCCACCCGUGUCCUCACAGCCUUUGGACCCCAGGCUUCUCCCGCAGCCCUGCCAGGGAUGGGCACCACAGACCAUGUCAUUGUGCUGGCAUCCACAAAUCGAGCCGACGUUUUGGACAUGGCUCUGAUGAGGCCGGGCCGCCUGGACCGUCAUGUCUUCAUUGACCUUCCCACACUGCAGGAGAGGCGGGAGAUCUUCGAGCAGCACCUGAAGAGUCUGAAGCUCACCCAAGCCAGCAGCUUCUACUCCCAGCGGCUGGCAGAACUGACACCCGGAUUCAGUGGUGCUGACAUCGCCAACAUCUGUAACGAGGCUGCGCUGCACGCCGCACGGGAAGGGCACACGUCUGUGCACACCUUCAGCUUUGAAUAUGCAGUGGAGCGUGUGGUGGCUGGGACUGCUAAAAAGAGCAAGAUCCUCUCCAAGGAGGAGCAGAGGGUGGUCGCCUUUCACGAGUCAGGCCACGCCUUGGUUGGCUGGCUGCUGGAGCACACGGAGGCUGUGAUGAAGGUCUCCAUAGCACCUCGGACCAAUGCCGCCCUGGGCUUUUCUCAGAUGCUCCCAAGAGACCAGCACCUCUUCACCACAGAGCAGCUGUUCGAGCGGAUGUGCAUGGCCCUGGGUGGUCGAGCAGCUGAGGCGAUCUCCUUCAGCAGGGUCACUUCUGGGGCCCAGGAUGACCUGAAGAAGGUCACCCGCAUCGCUUACUCCAUGGUGAAGCAGUUUGGGAUGGCACCUGGCAUCGGGCCUGUCUCCUUUCCCGAGGCACAAGAGGGCUUCGUGGGCAUCGGACGACGCCCCUUCAGCCAGGGCCUCCAGCAGAUGAUGGACCAUGAAGCAAAACUGCUGGUGACCAAGGCCUACAGACACACCGAGAAGGUGCUGCUGGACAACCUAGACAAGCUGCAGGCGCUGGCAAAUGCCCUUCUGGAAAAGGAAGUGAUAAACUAUGAGGACAUUGAGGCUCUCAUUGGCCCACCGCCCCAUGGGCCUAAGAAAAUGAUUCCACCACAGAGGUGGAUCGAUGCCCAAAGGGAGCAGCAAGCUUCCGGGGAGGAGGAGGUGGCCCAGCAGCCUACACCCCAGGGGGAAGAGCCCUCUUGGCCCAGAUAGCUGCAGCUCUUCGACCGCACCUCCGUGAUCCAGGGCUUCUCCCCAGCAGCCCCUCACCCCCGCCCCAUUUCCUGACGUGUGAGAUUUGCACCUUGCGCCUGUGGAGCCUUCCAGGCCUCUGUAGCGGGCCUGUCUGCUGGUCUCUGUCAGUGUUAGCGACCUCUUCAGAGGCAGCUGGCACUCCUGGUACUUGCACAUCGCUCCCAUCAGGAAUGCACGUGGAGGUGCCCCAGUUCCCAGGUCCAGGACUCGCACCUGCACGUGUGGCUGCGUGGUCCAGAGACAGCCCAGCAGCCAGACUGAAGCCAGGCCUGUUGAGACCCCCACGGAGUGCUAACAGGGUCCGCCAUGGAGGGCCUCUUCUCAUGGCACUCACUCAGCAAGGGGACAACAGCUUUGGGACUGGGUACUGAGCCCUAGAGGAUUCAAACAUGGCCCUGUGGACAGCUGUGAGAAGGGAAGCUCUCCUCUCUGGUCCAGCCUUGUGUGGGGGGAAACACCUUGGUUUUGACCCUGGUGAGGGUCGCGCUGCUUCACUGACGAGUUCUGUGGUGGGCUGGGGGGCAGCUUGGGUUAGCGCGUGCCGAACGAGCACACUCUGGUCCAUCCCCAACACCACAAAGAAAAAUAAAAUCCUGCAGGUGGAGAGCCUCUGUGCUGCACUGCCCAGGUUACAGAG